UAAUCUUGUUGUUAAUGAUGGUAGAAUUAGGUGUCUGUUAAUCACAAUUACUGAUAGUAUAUAUAGUAUUUGUCUGUUCUUCCAUUUUCCCUCCUACCACAUACAAGCAACGUGUCAGCUUUGCCAUAUUUCAAUUUCCACACCGAUGGCAGCUUCUACCUUUCUCUCUGCAUCAAGCAUGAACUCUCUCUGUAAACCCUAAGCUCACCUCUUUUGAUUUCACUGUCCACAAUGCUCUGUUCCAUUUCUACCCAGAAAUCGGCUGGUUCAAACUGGCUAGACCGGCUCCGAUCAUCAAAAGGCUUCUCCUUUGCCGACAACUGCAAUCUCGAACAAUUUCUCACUCACCAGACUCCUAAUGGAUCUGAUUCUCUUCCUCCUAGCACCGAAACUGAGAUAAGAGACAGUAAUAAUAAGGAUAAUACCGGUUCGGAAUCCAGCUCGGAUCCAAUUCGGCCCGUGAACGAACCGGUUCUCCCUCCGGACCAAGCUCCGGCAGCAUCACAUGACAGUGGAGACAACGAAGAACUGUGUAGUGUAGUUACGAAUGUUCUCUCCGAGCUAUUUUGUAUGGGGGAGUCAACUAGUUUCCCUAAGUUCAGUGUGAAAAGGGGCUCCCGCAAACAGACGAACCCUAGGUUUUGUGCUUCAUCGGAAAUCAACGGUGAUGCGGUAGUCGAGGGUGGUCAGAGGAAAGAAGAAACUGAGUCGCUGGACAAAUGUCGGGUGGAAAUUAAGGAUUCUCAGGUCAAGCUAUUAGAGGAGGGCCAUAAUUUGAACUUAGCGGAAGAGGAGGACAAGUCCAACGCCAAUUUGAUGGGAUUUUCACGGACUGAAGUAAUGGUGAUAGAUACGAGCUGUGCACCAUGGAAAUUUGAGAAAUUGCUUUUCAGAAAGAAGAACGUUUGGAAAGUUCGUGAUAAAAAAAGUAAGACGCUGAAUUUGGGGAAGAAGAAGAGGAAAGUUGAUGUGACAAGUGAGGAUGUUCGUGGCGAGAAGAAACGGAAGUUUAUAAGCGGGCAUAAUGGCUAUGCUGAAAAAGGGAGAGAAUGCAAGUCUUCAGUCAGUGAAAAGCUUCAGUUGGAUGAUAAAUUGGAAGGAACUUGUAAAAGAACAUCUGAUUCUGUUGGCCAGGCUUCCAAAAAGAAACAACGGUACUUAAAAUUGAAGAAGGCAUCUUCAUCAGUUGUUCUAAUCAAGAGCAUUCCAACAAGUAAGAAAAAUGGAGUAGGUUUUGCUAAGAAUUCUCUGAAGCCAUCUCAUUGACAGUGAAGCAUUCCAACAAGUAAGAAAAAUGGAGUAGGUUUUGCUAAGAAUUCUCUGAAGCCAUCUCAUCGACAGUGUCAGGCUCAAUAAGCAACCAAACAUUGUUGUCUGAUUGCAAAUUCAUCUGUACCUUGCCAUCUUUGGAAUAUUUAAGCAUGCCAGUUUCCAGAAACAAGUAGUCCAUUAUAUAAGAUGCUGAGCGGAGCAGGAAGAAUUGUAUAAAUACCACUCACUGUGCAGAGAAUUAUAAUUGUAACAAUUUUUUGUUGAUGCAACACACUAUUUUGCUUAUCAGGAUGCAAACAUUUAAGCUAUCAUUGCUCAAAGUCGAAUACGUUCAGUCAAUUUUAUCAAAGAUAUAAUUUUUCUUGGA